AUGACUAAAGACUCAUUCUCCGCCGCUCCUCAAAUCCUCGAGGUCGAUGCAAUCCUGUCUGACUUUGAUGGCACAAUUGUUGACUCUACGGAAGCAAUCGUGAAACACUGGCACAAACUCGCAGCCGAAUUCGGCGUCGAUCCAAAUGUCAUCCUCGCUACAUCGCACGGCCGUCGAAGCAUCGACAUGAUAAAACUCUACGACCCCAAGAAGGCCAACUGGGAGUAUGUAAGCCACGUCGAAGGCCUAAUCCCGCAAGAGUUCGGCUCCGAUGCCGUCGAAAUCCCCGGCGCGCGCGCCCUUCUUUCCGCGCUCGAUGCGAACAAGGCCACCUGGGGCGUUGUGACCUCCGGCACCCGUGCCCUGGUCAAUGGCUGGCUCGGCGUCCUGGACCUCAUCUCGCCCAAGAUGCUGGUUGUCGCGGAGGACGUCGAGGCCGGCAAACCGGACCCGAGCUGCUACCUGCUUGGUCGCAAGAGGCUGGGCCUGGAGCACUCGGCCGACAUUGUGGUGUUUGAGGAUGCCCCGUCGGGGAUCCGCGCGGGCAAGGCUGCCGGGUUCAAGGUGCUGGCGUUGACGACGACGCAUACCUUGGCGCAGGUCCUGGAGGCCGGCGCGGAUUGGGUCGUGGAGGAUUUGAGGAGUGUCAGUGUUCUCGAGGUGGAUGGGGAGGGGAGAGUGAAGUUGGAGAUUCGGGAUGCGUAUUGUUAGGGGGGGGGGGGACUCCCCUUCAAUCUUCAUCAACCUUCGCUUCCGGUUUAGGUGGGUAUACCACUAUACUUACUGGGUUGGAACUCGGGGGCCAAUAAAGGGGGUUUCUUCUUUUCUUCCUCUUUUUUUUUUUUUUUUUUCUUUUUCUCUAAAGCUGGUUACUUUAUUCGCUAAAGGGUUCAGUGGGGGAGGGCGGCGGCGGCGGUUUGAGUUCGAUUCCAGUCGCACUAUUUACUCUUCUGGGCAUAUACAUAGAAAGACACAUAGACUCAGAUUGAUCGAUAGACAAUACUACUACUGUAUAUAGAAUAU